ACUGGGGCACGAGGCGCUCCCUGGGAUCACAUGGUACCUGCUCCAGUGCCGCGUGCGGCCCGGGAACCCUGGGCUGCUGGCGCCUGCGCAGAGCUCUCUGUCCCAGGGAAAGGUUGGGGCAAAAGGCGACUGAGAUUGGCAGAGUGAAAUAUUGCUGCCCGGGGAACGUAGCAGGGCACACGUCUCUCCUCUUUGCGCCUGGGUGCUCCGUUUCUCCCAACACCUACUUAACUUCCUGGUUGCAACCUCUCUGUCUUUCUGGGACUUUUGCACUGGGAGCUCCAGAUUCGCUACUCUGCAGUGCCGCGGAGCCGGCAGGCAGUGGCACCCGGUGCACUGCAGAGACACGACCCUCCUUGGUACCUUCUAGCCAGAACGACUGCAGGUCGAUUCCCACCCCCACCACCACACUCUGCUCUUCCCAUGCAGAGCAGACCUCCGUGGCCUCAGCGUCCUAUCCUUCUUCAGGGCUGCAGUCAGGCCACCCCAAGGUCUUGCUGCAGGGUGCCUCGAAUCCUGAUCGUCAUCCACUCACUGCCCACAGCCAGUGCUCAGGAGGCAAGAGCGACUAUCACAGCCUCCAGUUUGUGUCAAGGCCCAGUUUGAAUGACUGCUCUUAGCCGGUGAAGAAAUGACGACCCUGGACUCCAACAACAACACAGGUGGUGUCAUCACCUACAUUGGCUCCAGUGGCUCCUCCCCAAGCCGCACCAGCCCAGAAUCCCUCUAUAGUGACAGCUCCAAUGGCAGCUUCCAGUCCCUGACCCAAGGCUGCCCCACCUACUUCCCACCAUCACCCACUGGCUCCCUCACCCAAGACCCGGCUCGCUCCUUUGGGAGCAUUCCACCCAGCCUCAGUGACGACAUUUCCCCUUCUUCUUCAUCUUCAUCCUCCUCCUCCUUCUAUAAUGGGAGCCCCCCAGGGAGUCUACAAGUGGCCAUGGAGGACAGCAGCCGAGUGUCCCCCAGCAAGAGCACCAGCAACAUCACCAAGCUGAAUGGCAUGGUGCUACUGUGUAAAGUCUGUGGGGACGUGGCCUCAGGCUUCCAUUAUGGAGUACAUGCCUGUGAGGGCUGCAAGGGCUUUUUCCGUAGGAGCAUCCAGCAGAACAUCCAGUACAAAAGGUGUCUGAAAAACGAGAACUGCUCCAUUGUCCGCAUCAAUAGAAACCGCUGCCAGCAAUGUCGUUUCAAGAAGUGUCUCUCCGUGGGCAUGUCUCGAGAUGCUGUGCGUUUUGGGCGCAUCCCCAAACGAGAGAAGCAGCGGAUGCUUGCUGAGAUGCAGAGUGCCAUGAACCUGGCCAACAACCAGCUGAACAGCCAGUGCCAGUUGGAGACCUCGCCUACCCAGCAUACCACAUCAGGCCCUAUGGGCCCCUCACCACCUCCUGCUCCAGCCCCUUCACCCCUGGUGGGCUUCUCUCAGUUCCCCCAACAGCUCACACCACCCAGAUCCCCCAGCCCUGAGCCCACCAUGGAGGAUGUGAUAUCUCAGGUGGCCCGAGCCCAUCGAGAGAUCUUUACCUAUGCCCAUGACAAGCUUGGCACCUCACCUGGCAACUUCAAUGCCAACCAUGCAUCUGGUAGCCCUUCAGCCACCACUCCACAUCGCUGGGAGAGUCAGGGCUGCCCACCUGCCCCCAAUGACAAUAACACCUUGGCUGCCCAGCGUCAUAAUGAGGCUCUGAAUGGUCUACGCCAGGGCCCCUCUUCCUACCUUCCUGCCUGGCACUCUGCCCCUGGCCACCACAGCUGCCACCAGCCCAAUAGCAAUGGGCACCGUCUAUGUCCCACCCAUAUGUACUCGGCUCCAGAAGGCGAGGUAACUGCCAACAGUCCACGGCAAGGCAACUCCAAGAACGUUCUGCUGGCAUGUCCCAUGAACAUGUACCCCCAUGGACGCAGUGGCCGGACUGUGCAGGAGAUCUGGGAGGACUUCUCUAUGAGCUUCACGCCUGCUGUGCGGGAGGUGGUAGAGUUUGCAAAGCACAUCCCUGGCUUCCGUGACCUUUCUCAGCAUGAUCAGGUUACCCUGCUUAAGGCUGGCACCUUUGAGGUGCUGAUGGUGCGCUUUGCAUCGUUGUUCAACGUGAAGGACCAGACGGUAAUGUUCCUGAGCCGCACCACCUACAGCUUGCAGGAGCUUGGCGCCAUGGGCAUGGGAGACCUGCUCAAUGCCAUGUUCGACUUCAGUGAGAAGCUCAACUCCCUGGCGCUUACCGAGGAGGAGCUGGGUCUCUUUACCGCGGUGGUGCUUGUCUCUGCAGACCGCUCGGGCAUGGAGAAUUCCGCUUCGGUGGAGCAGCUCCAGGAGACGCUGCUGCGGGCUCUUCGGGCUCUGGUGCUGAAGAACCGGCCCUUGGAGACUUCCCGCUUCACCAAGCUGCUGCUCAAGCUGCCGGACCUGCGGACCCUGAACAACAUGCAUUCCGAGAAGCUGCUGUCCUUCCGGGUGGACGCCCAGUGACCCGCCCGGCCGGCCUUCUGCCGCUGCCCCCUUGUACAGAAUCGAACUCUGCACUUCUCUUUCCUUUACGAGACGAAAAGGAAAAGCAAACCAGAAUCUUAUUUAUAUUGUUAUAAAAUAUUCCAAGAUGAGCCUCUGGCCCCCUGAGCCUUCUUGUAAAUACCUGCUCCCCCGCCCAUCACCGUACUUCCCAUCCUCCCCUAUUUAAACCAUUCUUGCUCUCCCACCCUCUUCUGGCCCCCCAGUUUGUUCUGUUCCUGUCUCAAAUCCAAUAGUUCACAGCUGAGCUGGCUUC